AUGUGGAAGUUUAAAAUAACAAAAAAGCAGCUAAAAUUCACGAAGUUAAACACGGGAGAAAUUGCUGCUUGCUGUGGCGUAUGUAUAACAAUAGCCUACUUUUAUGAUUUAGUAACUCCUUGCAAAGCAUUUGACCAAAUUCCUUGAACAUAUUUGUACUUUCCGAAAAACACAUGAAAACAGCUAAUUGAAGCUUCAAAUAUAGCUAGUUUGAAGUGCAGUUGUUCGUGUUGCGUGACAUCACUUUUCUCACACAGGUAAAUGUUUUACCUUUGUCUGUAUAGCGCAACAAAUGUGGUCGUUUGAUAUACAACACAUUGAGAUUGGAGUCGCGCAGGAAAGUAAUACAUAUUGUUAGUAGCCUAACUCCAAGAAAAGCAUUUGACCAAAUUCCCAGAACAUGUAGUAGUUUCCCACUUAAUUUCACAACACAUUAAAACAACGCAAUAAAGCUUCCAACACAACAUGUUGGAAGUACAGUUGCUGGUGUUGCGGAACAUCACUUUAUGCAGACAGGUAAAUGUUCCACCUUUGUGUGCACAGCGAAACAAAUGUGGUCACGUGAUAGACAACAAACUGAGCUUAGAGUCGCGCAGGAAGGAGCGCGAGACCGAACGGGAACUACCCUGCAGCAACAAAUACUAAUCUGAACCUAUUUACGUACAUAAGCGGGGGCGAUCCGAUUGACCCAGGUUUAACGCGUCAGAGGAGCGAAAAGCCACGGAUCAUCGAGGUUGGGAGUGGCGACUAAGGGCGCCAUGGAAGUGUCCAGCCACAGCUUGUUCCUUCUGCAACAGCUGAACAUCCAGAGGGAGUUCGGCUUCUUGUGCGACUGCACCGUCGCCAUCGGCAACGUCUAUUUCAAAGCUCACCGUGCUGUCUUGGCUGCCUUUUCCAACUACUUCAAAAUGAUUUUCAUCCACCAGUCCAGCGAAUGCAUCAAGAUCCAGCCCACUGACAUCCAGCCGGACGUGUUCAGCUACCUGCUGCACAUCAUGUACACAGGCACCGGGCCCAAGCAGCAGGUGGAGCCCAGCCGGCUGCAGGAGGGCAUCAAGUUCCUGCACGCCUACCAGCUGCGCCGUAACCCCAGCGACGGGGGCCAGGACGCUGCUGCCCAAGACGCCCUCAAAAUGUCGAACCUUUACGGCAUCCAGAUCUCGUCCCAGUCGGCCGCCAAGGAGGGCCCGGGACCGAAGGGGGCCCCGGGGCGGGGCCCCGGCGGGGGGCGGAGCACGGGCCGGUCCGAGCGCUCCCGGGCCCAGCCGGCCCCGUCCGCGGGCCCCGGGGGGGCGUCGUCCGACGGGUGCGGCGGGGCGGAGCUCCGCAGGGUGUCCUCGGUGGCCUGCGGGGAGGACCCCGUCGCCGCGGUGACGGUGAAGCAGGAGCAGGUGGAGAUGGAGGUGUCGGCGGAGGAGGAGGAGGAGGCGGGGUCGGGGUCAGGGGGUGCGGGAGCGACCCGCUCCCCGGGCCUGAAGAGCCCCAGCCCGAGCUCGCGGGACAGCAGCGAGGCCCGGCAGGGGCCGCGCGGGCACUUCUUCGCCCGCGCCACCGGCUGCCCCCCCCUCGGCGCCCCCGGGGGCGUCGCCGGGGACGGCGGCAGCCCCGGGGAGGCGUCCAAGGGCGCGGGCGAGGAGCUGGAGGAGCUGGAGGGCUCGGGGGAGCGCCUCCUGGGCGGGAGGAGCCCCGGCUCGCGGGAGUCGGAGUCGGGGUCCGGCGGCGGCAGCCUGGAGGAGGCGCUGCGGCAGAGCCGGGCCCUGGCCGAGGAGCUGGCGGCCGAGCUGAGGGGAGGCGGCGGCGCUGGCGGCGGCGGCAGCCCCCGCUCACGCAAGCGCAGGAUCGUCUGCGCGGUCUGCGGCCUCCGGUUCGCCCAUAAGAGCCAGCUGCAGGAGCACAUGUACAGCCACACGGGCCGAGGCUCCCGCUACCACCGCUACAGCCGGCUCUGCAGCCAGCUCAUACAGGCCUCCCAGCACUUCUGCGAGAGCCAGGCCGAGCUGGCCGCGGAGGAGUCCCCCAGGGACGUCCCGGACAAUGGCAGCUCCUGCUACUCCCUGGACUCCGAGGUCUCCCAGGAAAGCAUUGACACUUUCGUUGUGGAGUAGGGGGAAACAAAACGGAAAGAGAGAAAAUAAAAAUUAAACGGCUUCCCCUCCUGGGAUCGUCCUCGGUGGUUGCCGUCCAUGUUUCUCUUUCGUUGUCUGUAGCCUUUACAUCUUGUCAUGUGACACUAUUCACACCCGUCCCUGCCCUGGUCUGCUAUUGUCAAAGCUCUUGGCAACGUCAGCAUUUUUCUUUUCUUUUUUUCUCAUCACCUGAGGGUCUGAGAUACAA